ACGUCGAAGUGCAAGCUGCGCUGUAGUAUAAGGUCCUGCCGGCUGCUUUCCCGAUCUGAUUGAAGCUUCUGUUCCCCUCUUCUUUUGCAUAUUAUUUUCAGUAAACUUUCGACUAUCCUUUGAUCUAUCCUUAAUCCUCGUGCCGGCCAUGUCCUCGACUGACUGCCAGCCAGCCAGGGCAUACUUACACCCCCAUAACAGCUACCAGCAUCAGCAUACCAUGUCCGCAAAUCAGGUCCCAACGUUUCCAAAUAGAAGAGUAACAUCAUACGGCUCAAUAACCGAAGACGCGAUGAUUCAAGGAAGCGGCCGGGCCUCCCCACGAUAUUCGCCUAAUGUUCAGCCGUGGAGGAGGCAGCAGACGCAGAGCUCUCUCUCGUUUGUUCCACCAACAUCUCCUCGGCAAGAGCAAUCGGAAGAUACUACGGCGCCUCAAUCACGACGACCAGUUGAACGCCCUCCCGUGUGUAUGUCGCCGUUUCGCUCCGUGCGCAGGAUGAAACAACCCUUCCAGCUUCGUCUGCCAUCCUCUCCGUCUCUCGAAAACAUAGCAUCGGCUGCAAAGGAGGCCAGGCUGUCGCGACAAAUGUCUGGAGGUCAAACACUUCGAGCCUGGCGCUCGGAUCAGAACAUCAAUGUUACCAGCCUGGACUCCUUCGGCCUUCUGCCCAGCCCCCCUCUCUCCGAUUCUCUGGACUCACAGACGUCGCCAUCAUCCGCCUAUUUCUCUUCGAAAUACGAAUCGGAAUCAGACUAUGACCCCAGAACGCCGAAAGGCUGUGUCUGCAUACCUGGGAAGGAAUCCUGUGACGACUGCGGCGGCCGAAAGCAGGAUGAUCGACGAGAAACCUCGACGCACGAAGAAGAAACUACUAACGUACACAUGGCUCACUCCAUGCUGGUCAAACAAUGCGAGUCGGCUGAGGGACAGCAGCCCCAGGCAUCGGCCAACUCGGAGCCCGUGCCAUCGCCCGUACCGUCCGCGGAUUCCGGGACCGUUGGGAAGAGAAAUUUUUCAGGUUCAUCCAAUGGGUCACAGAGGAGCAGGUCGGGAACAGUGUCAAGCGAGGGAAGCUGGGUCCCCAGCAGCCUUUCCUACUGUGGAGAUUGGCUUCAGGGCGCUCCUGUGGAAGCAGCUGGUGCCCAAGGCGAAAGGACCAAAGAACAAAGUCGCAGGAAAUGUCAAAUUGUACAGAAAAGCCCACCGCGUCUGAGAACCGCCACGUCGGACAAACAUGAAAUCUGCACUGUGGCUAGAAAGUCGAAGCCCAAGUUGGUUGACAUCUCGCGUCAGUCAUCUCCUGCGAUGAGUUAUACGCUUCCAACACCGCCACGCCCCAUUCCAUCCACUCCAGACCUAGGUCAACAGGAGGUAUCCGCUUUCAGUCCGGACACCCCAAUGGAAAUGUCCGACAGUGGUUACAUUACCCACCGCUCGUGCUCGUCCCCCGACGACUUUCCAGACGACAAGGAUGACGAUGACGACGAUGACUACACAGAUGCAGGAUCCCUGAGCUCAGUGAGCGCUGGAGAAACUGUAGUAUGCAACCAGCCGACGCCGGUCCCUAUCGAUGCAAAGUCGCCGCCUAAGCCGGAUAUACCACCGAAGUUUAGUACAUCCCCUCAGGUUCAAGCAUCGCCUGGGCGCUCGUCAAUCAUGUCAGAAAAGGAGGAGCUGGAAAAAUGGUGGGAUCACGAAUGGACCAUCGACCAGUUGGAACAUUCAGUGAAGGACUUUCCACGAAACAUGCUCCGCUUGACUUCGCCCGUCAUCAUGUUCAUCCGUCACAACAACGAACGGGCCUUGUUACGGCCUUUUCGUGACAUCUUCCCAAACGUUGCGGAAAACCUAUUGGACGGUCUUUGUGCAGCCCUAAUUGCACGGAACCAUAUAGUGACCCUGGCGUCCAAUAACCGAAGAAUCAACAAUUUCUCCCAUCCUUCCCCGGUGUCUCGCCUGGAUACAGUGCCUGAAAAGGUAGCUACAUCACCGGGGAUGCAAUUUAGCCCGGCCACCCCGUCGCGGAUUAAGGAACGCGUCCUGGGGUCACGGAGCAUGGAGCUUCGCAAAGAGUUGGACCGGAUCGUGGAUAACCUGCUUUUUGCUAUAUGUGGCCGAGCAGACGAGACAGUGAAGUCCGCCGUGGUUGUCCUUGCCCAGGUUCUUGAGACCAAGAACUAGGCAGUCAUUCUUUCUCUGCCAAUAUUUGUUUCUUUUCUCGACCAGAUUGUUUAACUAUAGACCCUCCCUUUCUUUUUGGUUGUGCCUCUGUUCAUUUUCUCCUUCUGUUUCUAUAUCCCAACCCCCGUCUUCUUGUGACCAUACAUUUCCUUGAUCUGUCUUGGCUAGACCAGUCUGCAUAGAACCCGCCUUUCGUUUCGGUGUAUUCUGUGGCCUGUCCUUCAUUUACAUUUCCUACCUGUCAUACAUGCCUGUGGCCUGUUCUCUACUACUCAAUCUCCUAUUGGCGCAUGAGAUCUCAUAUGUACUGUGUGCAAUUAGCCGCUAGGGCUAAUGUAUAAUAGCUAGUUUGACCCCACCGACCUAU